AUGUUUCCCAUCUCCAACACGUCCUUUCGCUACCAGGCCGAGUCUAGCGGGCUGCAUCCAGACAGGUCGCUCUGCCCCUACUGUGGAGCGCGAAAGCGUGGACACGCACACAGCAGCGGCAGCGUCCGCAUCAACCUAUCCGAGCUCACGCCCGCCGCGCCCGAGGCCGACGAGUCGGGCUGGCUCAGCGACGGGCCUCGCGUUGGGGCUAGGGUGCUGCGGCGCCUCAAGGGCCACGGGCACGUCCAUGCCGUGGUUCAGCUCUACCUGCCGCCGGGCGAGGCUGACGAGCCCGCGCUUUGGCGCAUCCGGCAUGCGGACGGCGACGAAGAAGAUUUGACGCCGCCGCCUCCGACGCACAGGGAGGCUGCACCCGCCGCGCCGCUCGUGGCGGAGGCGGAGGGGCUGCGGCUGCACCUCUCGAGCAGCAGCAGCACCGGGUACAGAGGCGUGUGGGAGCAGUACCCUGGAAUCUUCGGCGUGCGCAAGUGCGGUGGCCGCUUCCAGGCGGCGCACAGCGCAGGAGGAAAGCAGGUCCACCUCGGCUACUUCGAUACGGCGGUGGAGGCGGCGGUGGCGUACGCGCGGGCGGCCGGCGAGUACCAGCCUCCGGCUCUUCCGACGGUGGCGACGGAGGCGGAGGGCUUGCGUCUGCAUCUCUCCAGCAGCAACGCAACCGGCUACGAGAACGUGAGCCGCAAGGGCGGCCGCUUCCAAGCAUACCGCAGGGUGGACGGAAGGCAGUGCUACUUGGGCGCUUUCGCCACGGCGGUGGAGGCGGCGGUGGUUUACGCGCGGGCGGUCGGGGAGGCGCCAGAGCAGCUUCCAGCGGCGGCCGGGGGGUCGCACUCAGCGCCAGUCGCAGCGCCAGACGCGCUGCCGCGGCGGCUGCAGGCUCCUCGGCCGGUCGUGACACGGGCGGAGGGGCUGCGACUGUACCUCUCGAGCAGCAACAGCACCGGGUACAAGGGCGUGCGCAAGGGCGGGCGAGGGGUACGCUUCCAGGCGGCGCAGAGCGCAGGGGGAGGAAAGCAGGUCCACCUCGGCUACUUCGCCACGGCGGUGGAGGCGGCGGUGGCGUACGCGCGGGCGGCCGGCGAGUGCCAGCCUCCGGCGGUCGUGACAGAGGCGGAGGGCUUGCGUCUGCAUCUCUCCAGCAGCAACGCGACCGGCUACAUGGGGGUGUACACCGCCACUGCGUGGGGAGGCCGCUUCCAAGCGUCGCGCUGCUACAACGGAGGAAGGCAGGUGGGAGACCGCGUCGCUGUAGAGUACUCUGACGGCGCCUUGUACCCGGGCGAGGUCGUGGGCUUUGACGGCGCGUCGAGCCUGUACUCGGUGCAGGAGGCUGCACCCGCCGCGCCGCUCGUGACAGAGGCGGAGGGGCUGCGGCUGCACCUCUCGAGCAGCAGCAGCACCGGGUACAAGGGCGUGCGCGAGAGCGGUGCCCGCUUCAAGGCGGAGGCCAGGGUGGACGGGAAGCGCGUUUGCUUCGGCACCUUCGACACGGCGGUGGAGGCGGCGGUGGCAUACGCGCGGGCGGCCGGCGAGUACCAGCCUCCAGCCCAACCUCCUCCGGUGGUGGCGGCGGAGGCGGAGGGACUGCGCUUGCAUCUCUCUAGCAGCAACGCCACCGGCUACAAGCGCGUGUUCGCCAAGGGCGGCCGCUUCAAGGUGCAGCAUUGUGUGGACGGAAGGGAGACGCACUUGGGCACCUUCGACACGGCGGCACGAAGGGGCUACGGCCUGCGGCCGGGGCGGGCGAGUGCACGGACGAGCUAA